AUGUUAUUUGAAUAAUAUAAAGAUUAUGAGUAUGAUCGUAAGAAAAUGGAAUUGGAAAUAGAAUAUCAUACUCCUAAGACUAUUUUUGUUAAAGCUUUUGGAAUUGAACUUCUUUUUAGAGAUGUUUGGCCAUAUUUAAUUGAUGAUGAUAGGAAACUUAAAUUAGUAAUUCUAAAUUUUAUUGUUCAAUAUUGUAAGACAAUGAUACCUAAAUGGAAGACAACUGAAAAUUAUUAUGAGAAUUUUAAUCAUGGAAAUAUUGAAAAACCAAAUGAAGAAUGUUCUCAUACAUUUUAUUUUUUUUAAUAUUUAGAUGAAUGGUCUCUUUGUAUUUAUUCAACAUAACAAAAAACAUUAUAUAGUUAUGUUCUUAGUGAAUCAACAUAAAAGAAAAUUAAAACUAUAUUUACAGAUAAAGGAAUCAAAGUUGAUUAAAGAAUAAAUAUAUAAUAGAGUGUAACUAUUGCUGAAGAAGAUACUAUUGUUAUGGUAAAAUUACUUUAUUAAAUAUGUAAAUAAUAAGAAUUAAUAUUUGAAUUUACUUAAGAAAUGGCUAUUGAAUGGAGAAAGAUGAUUAAAGUAAUAGAUUUAUUCUUGUUCGAAUUACAUAAACAAUAUAAGGAAUAAAUGGAAAUUUAAUAGAACUAAAGUAAAUCAUAAACACAUUCCAAUCCCAAUCUUUCCAUUAAAUAAGAUACUAAAUCUUUAGAAUUCAAUCCUGAUAAAUCCAAAAUUGGAGAAGCUCCUUUAUCUAAUCAAUCACUUAAAUCUAUUAAAUAAUAAGCAUCAUUUGAAAAAUCUCUUAGUGUAUCAAGAGUAGCACAUGGUUAAGUUACUGAUGAAAUGAUUUAAUUAUCAAAAGAAGAAUAUAAUCAUCUUAUUGAAACUUUCAAAUAGUAAGUUAUUUAAGAACUUUAAUAAAUUGAACCUUAACAUCCAACUGUAUUCUUAUAGAAAUAUUUAAAAGGGAAUGGAGAUUUGAUGGUUAAAAAAGAUGAUUAAGGUAAAGAUGAAUUGGUUGUUAAAUUAAAAGGUGAAUAAUUGUAAGUACUUCUACAAUAAUAUGAAAAAUAUUAUUAAUAAUAAAUCAAUAAUAAACAAUUUGAAAAAUAAUAAGAAUAGAUGAAAUAACAAUAUCAAUAAUAUAUACAAUUUCAAUAAUUACUUAAUUAUUAUUAUUAACAUGAUCCUCCUAAAUAUUCUAAAUUAGUUACUGAAUAUUAUAAUAGAUUAAAUGAAUAAACAUUACAAAAAUUGAAACCCCUAUUCCCAUAAAAUAUUUAAUAAUAAGAAUCAUCCUAAAAUAAUAUUAGUUAAUAAUCUCUAAAAGUACCUUAUUCUCCUUAAAUGUAAUCAUUAUCUUAUAGUAAAUCCAGUGAUCGAUACAAUAAACCUAUUAAUCCAUUAAUACAACCUAAUUUCAAUGUUUCUAAAUCAUUUAGUUAAAAUUAAUAACUUCAAAAUAGUAUUAAUUUAUCUAAAUCUAUUGAUCCUCAAUUUAAACCAUCUCCUUAAAAUACAGUUGUAUGUUCAAGAUACAAUAAACAAAUCACUUAUUCAGAAAUAAAUCUAUUAUAAAAUAAAGGAGAAAUGACUGAAAAUUUACUUAAUUUCUAUAUUAGAUAUUUAGAAGAGAAAUAAUCUUCACUAUAGUUAGGAACUUUAAAAUAAUUAAAAUUGAGAGUUUUCUAUCUAUCUACUACUUUCUAUAAGACUUUAAUUAAAGAAUAUAAUAAUCCUGAUAGUAUCUCAUAUCAAUCUGCUUCUGUUUAUACAUCUAAACAUAUUGGCAAAGACAAUACAAUAUUUGAUAAAUUUGAUAUCAUACUUAUACCUAUUGUGAUUGCUUCUGGAUUAGAAACUAUUCUUAUCAAUAUCAAUCUAGCUUAAUAAACAAUUUAUUUUUAUGAUAGCUUAAUUAAUGGUGUUGGAUCAUAAAGUAUGGCAUAAUCACACAUUGCUCAAAAUGGUUUAUUGAAUAAUCCAUUUUUAAUGUGUUGUCUAAGAUUCUUAGAGAUAGAGUAUAAUUAGAAAUUAAUGAAGACCUUAUCAUUAUUGAAAUGGAACAUAGUCUAUUCUCCACAUGAAAAAAUUAUAGAAAACUCAAAAACGAAUACUAUGAUAGCUUUCUUAAUGACACAAAUUUCUAAAGGUAUAUAAGUUGAGAAGACAUUUACAAUAUAGCUUGAUCUGGCUAAAUUUACAUCAAACCUUUUAAAAUUGUUUUCAUAACUUGGUAUUACAUAGAAUAGAAAGAAUGAAUUAAAUUUCGAGAAAAUGGUAUUAUGA